AUGGAUGCAGCUUGGGCUCAGGUCCACAACCUGAUCGAACAGGUGCAGCAAGUGCCGACGCAGCUGUUGUUGGCCGUUGGUUGCUUGUCCGUCCUUUCCUUUGCCAUCCUGGUAUUGAACCACCCCAAAGCAAGCAGACUCGCGACAACCCUUCUAACUUUAAGCUCANNGCUAUAUCUUGGUCUGUUUAUUGUUGCUCCUGUACCUCGACCGCCGCAUGAGUCUGAGAAGAAAUACACAACCAUCCUGCCCGACGGAUCUGUCAGCGACCCUGAAACACAACCAUGUUGGUACGACCACCACGUAUCCCUCAAGACGCAGGCCCGCAAUGGAAAGAUCGCUACAAGCGAUGCCUUUAGGCCCACCCAGCCCGAAGUCCUGGUCACGGUUGUCGUGCCUGCAUACAAUGAAGAGCAAAGGAUGAGCGGCAUGCUCGAGGAGGCUGUCGAGUACCUCCAAUCGACCUUUCCGCAGGCGCUGUCAUCGCAGUCUACGCCAAGCGACAAGCCCAAAGGCUGGGAGAUUCUCGUUGUGAAUGACGGCUCUACCGACAGGACCAUCGACACGGCCCUGUCCUUCGCUCGCGAUCAUCAGCUUUGUGCGAACCCACCCACGCCGGCUGGCCCAUGGUCCUCGAACGAGGGCCCUAAGACGCGAUCCAAAUCUGCCCCCAAAGUCGAAACAGUACCCACCAACAUUCCUCGUGGCAGCAUUCGCGUCAUAUCCCUAGAACAGAACAGGGGAAAAGGCGGCGCUGUCACCCAUGGUAUGCGUCAUGCAAGAGGGGCAUACGUCGUGUUCGCUGAUGCCGACGGUGCUUCUCGCUUCUCAGAUCUGGGCAAGCUGAUGGAGAACUGCGAUCGCGUUGCUGAUGCCAAGGGAAGAGCUGUUGGUGUUGGAAGCCGAGCACAUAUGGUUGGUAGCGAAGCUGUUGUCAAGGUAAUCGAGUCACAGUUCAUGAAUCUGGGCAUCAUCACUGACUCUCUCACANNGCGCUCUUUCUUGCGAAACGCUCUCAUGCACUCCUUCCACCUGCUACUUCGCCUUCUUACACCUCCAGCCACAUCGUCAAUCAAGGACACCCAAUGUGGCUUCAAGCUAUUCACACGACCUGCUCUCCCCUACAUCAUCCCAUACAUGCACAGCGAAGGUUGGAUCUUCGAUGUCGAGAUGCUCAUGCUUGCAGAGAGCGCUGGAAUCCCAAUGGCGGAAGUAGCCAUUGGUUGGAAGGAGGUCGGCGGCAGCAAGCUGAAUGUUGUCUGGGACUCUUUGGGCAUGGCCUGGGGACUCGCUGUUUUGAGGGCUGCAUGGAUGGUUGGCGUCUACCGGAGGGAUGUUUGA